CGCGAGAAGACAGCUCUUCCAGAUCUUACCACCGUCAUGGAUUCGCGGACGGAGCCUGCUACUGUUGGGCCCAAGACUACUGUCAGAGAAGUUGCCAAGCUUAUGAAGGAGAGGCGCACGACCGCUGUAUGCGUUAUGGAGUCGCCCAGCACCUCUAUGGGUGGUACGGCUGCGACGCCACGUAUCGCCGGCAUCUUCACGAGUAAGGAUGUUGUCUUACGAGUCAUCGCCGCUGGCCUCGAUGCAGGUCGAUGCAGUGUCGUACGAGUCAUGACACCACACCCCGAUACUGCGCCUCCGACCAUGACUGUUCAUGAUGCUUUGAAAAAGAUGCACAACGGACAUUACCUCAACUUGCCUGUUAUCGAGACGGAUGGCCGUUUAAUCGCCAUCGUGGACGUUUUGAAGUUGACCUAUGCCACCUUGGAGCAGAUGAACGCGAUGAGCGCUGAGGCUGCUGGCGGUGCUGAGCCAGAAGGUGGCCCGAUGUGGGGUCGUUUCUUCGAGUCGCUCGGACACGACGACAAUGAGUCUGCUGUGUCUGGUUCUGCCGCCCACACUGAACAGUCUCGCAACCAGACUCGGAGCACGUCCCACCUCAUGCAGUCUCCUCACUCUGAGCUGCACCCCAACGACUCUGCAUCCGUCGUGGAUGAAGAUGACGGUUCUGUACUUGAUGCAUACUCUCGCAGGAAAGGCGAUCCUCCUUCCAUUAUCGGUGCGCAGUCAAUCGCUCCGGACGACGGGACUUAUGUAUUCAAGUUCCGUACACCGAGCGGCCGUACCCAUCGGUUCCAGGCGCGUCACGACGAUGUUGAGGUCUUGCGGGAGAUCGUAUCUGGCAAGCUUGCUACCGAUCCGUUCUUCACCCAACACAAGGUCGUGGAUGAUGGUGACGUGUCCCCUAACCCUACCGACUUCCUUCUUUCCUACACGGACGCCGACGGUGAUAGCGUGCUUGUGACAUCGAACGCUGAUGUUACCGACGCUGUCAAGAUCGCACGGAACGCAGGCGAGGACCGUGUCGUCCUCUUGGUCCAGGGCGGCAAGGGCUGGGAAGAUGCUACCGCCGAGCGGAGUGCGAAGCAGGCUGAGCAGGUCGCUGCGGCUGCGCAGGAAGAGGUUAAGGCUAUCGAAAAAGAAGCGACGCCUAUCCCCACUCCGCCCAUCGAGCAUCACUAUGCACCACCACAGCCUGUGCAUGUCCCGGAGGAGAAGGUCAUGGGCAUCCCCAAAGACUUACUUCUGCCAGCGAGUAUAGGUGCCUUGGCUGCGGUCAUCCUUGGUAUCUUCACAAUGUCCAGGCUGUCUCGGUAGAAAAAUUCCGGAGGAUACCCACUCGCUUUCCAGCCUUCAGCGUAGUUUCUCUGUCUUCGCUUGAAGCUCUCAUCUCGUUUCUUAAUGCAUUGAUUCACAACUCUCCUUAAUACUGUUGACCUAGUUUUGUUUUCUUAAUGACUCAAUCCCUUACGACCCUAGACGUACGUUGGAUGAAUGAUGUCCUCUCCCAAGAGCCAGAUAUUUUUAUGCCGAUGUCAGAGUUACGCGCGUACGUUACGCAGAUCUCGAUAC